UUUUUUUGCGGGUUUAGUGGGCUGCUAAGGCUAGCUAGAUGGGGCUGGAGAGGAAGUGGAGUUUGGCUUACGUUGAGAGGAAAGUGGGCAGAGCCGCUGAAGGAUAUCAGCUCAGGCAGAGGCGGAGAGGAGGACACACACAACAGAGGAGCAAGGCGUCGAGAGCGAAGAGGACGAAAGGCGGAACGAUGCGGCCGAAAGACCCACCAAAACGACGAAAAUCGCCCAAAAAUGCGACACUGGCCGAGGCAGAUGACGGGGGAUAGACACGACCUGGAUAAUGGGGAUUCCCUUUGAUGUUUCGCAAAUUGCGUCAAAGAAGAAAGUAGAGCAUCCUAUCGGAGCUGAAUGGGUUGAUGUUUAGCCAUCACGGAGUCGUGAAAUGAAGGAUUCGGUUGAUUCGCACUUCAAUGGGGAUUUGUAAGUAUCAUUCUUAAGAUAGUUAAAAUGUCUGUAAGAGAUUCCUUGCAUGUUAUACUUGCAUCGAACUCUUCAAAUGUAUCAAAUCACAUAACCACGUUAACAUAGCUAAACAAAAAGCUGAGUAAACAGUGCAAUUUUUCACUUCUAUGUCAGUGUCAUUACUAGGGCGUCCAGCCUAGCAUAACUUGUAGUAGUUAGUAGUUAGUUAGUAGGUUCUGUGCAUUCUUGCUGCUCAUUUCGACUAAAAACAAUAAGUCAUGUCUGAGGGUAGGAUUGUUCUGCCCCCUAGUGUAUUAUAUGAUGAUAUAUACAUUCAUUUAAAAUAUCUGUAUCCUCACUGUGGGAGAAUAACUUUGCGGUCAAUUUCAAACAAUUUUAUCUAUAUUCAAAUACAUAUGUAAAUCCUAUUCAUAUAAAUUCUAACAUACUUAAACUCUUUUGACAUAUUAUUGAGAUGAAGUUUGUCAAGUAAGUAUACUGCUAAAACACGACUAGAAUCAUUUGUGUGGUCAGAAAUUGCCAUCAGUGGUGAUCUCUCACUGUGCAGUAUUUUGUAAUAUGUUAUUAGUGUUGACAUUAUGGACAUAGUUUAAGAGUUAACCAGUUUAAACACUUAAAGAGAGAUUCCAUGUUAUAUUUAUCGUAAUAAAUGUUCAGCUAAACUAACAUUUUGAUGUUCAACUAGCUAGCUAACUAGUGAAGCACUUAAAAUCUUUAUGAUUGUUGCUUGUUGUGAUAACUGUAGUCAGUGCAACAAAAACACCUGACAACAAUCAUCACCUUUCAUUUCUAAAAACACUGAAAUUUUACAACACUAACUGGCUGCUAGGCAAGAAGUGAAUUUGGUGCAUUUGUGAUCCCAAAAGAUGCUCAUGCUUCAGUUUUUAUGGUAUAAUGACACCAGCUGUGUGAACUUUUGUCCAGCUUCAGUCAUUGAUGUUUUUACCAGUUCACUACUUGGGGCUUCUGGAGUUGUACUAACAGUCGUAGUUAAAGGUGUUGCGGAUAACAUUAAACAUAUGAACCACAAGUUGCUUUGAGGACAUUUUUCAAUUGUUCUCCAUUACGUUUCAGUAGUUUUACAACCUGCACAGACAUUUCCAAAUUUAGUUAGAUGUACUUUUUUAUAUUUUAAGUUGUAUAAGUCUGUAAAUUGGUGACAUUUUAACUGUAGGGUAACUAUAGAAGAACCAUUGGCUAAUCUGGCUAUUUUGUAGCACUCUAAAAAUACAUAUUCAAUCAUGGCUGGAAGAGGGCAACAUGAAGAGUAAUGUCAAAUGAAUUUUAUCAGUACCCAUUUGUUCAACAUUUAAUAGUAGGUGCCAUGUGUUUCUUUUGAUCUGCAUUGUUUAUUAUUUCUAAUUUGUGUCACCUGGAAAAAAAUCUCAGGGCACCCCAAAAAAAGUUUUAGCCAGUCUUAAAGUAAGAUAAGAUGAACUUUAGACAAAUUUACUAAACAUGAGAAAUAUCUUAAAUUGUGACUUAACAUUAAUGACAAUAAUUUCCUGAGAUUAGCGAUGCAACAAAAUGGAACUUCUGGAACAAUGACAGUAAACACGAACUAUCUACUUGUUGUGAUCAAUACCUGCAGCCAAUAAUGUAACCAAGUCACAUCUUUAAAACACUUGCACAAAUUCAGAGCCCAUGGCUAAUGAGUUAGAGAAAAUGUUAAAUUGUCUGAAGAUGCAUAGUUGGAUAUUUUCCAUUGACAUUGUCUAAAAAUCCAUAUAACAAGUUGCUCUGACCACAGAAAUAUAAUUUCUCGUUUCCCUGUAUUUUUCUUCCUAACUUGUUUCUUCUAAGUGUAAGAAGUAGCUGUAGAAACACACAGGACUCCAUACAGUAAAAAGCAUAAGCCUAGAAAACUGUCAAAGAGAAUAUAAAGGCAAACCACACAGUUAACAGUAUUAGCUAUAUAAUUUGAUUUAACAGGGGAGAUUUGGUAGACUUCUUAAAUAAUGUAUAAAUGGGAAAAAAGUUUUCCUGUGAGUUGACAACAUUGAGCACGAGUUUCCCAAGAGUAUGUAAAGGUACCAUGUAGCAUAUGAACUGUAAACCCUCCAGAGAGUGACGUAUAUUUUGUUCAGGUCUGCAUAUGCUUUAGUAACAAAUUAAGGGUGCUUCACUGACCAUGCACCACAGGUGUGUUGCCUUUCUCUGCCCUUGAAAAAAAGAACCGUACAGACAGAGUGUUACAAAACCCUUUGAAAAACUUGAGGACCCUGUGUAAUCCAUGGUACUAAUUCACAUUAUCAGUUGUAAUGUCUAGUCAGAAGGUGAGAUAGUAAUAACAGUUAAACUUUCCUUGUUUGCUGUGUUUGGCCUCCCAUACAUCCAUAAGACAUUUUAAAUCACACAGUAUUGAUUUAAUCAUCACAACAGUUGUCUGACAGUAAGCCUUGUUAGUAACAGUGAUUAGGAAGAUUAUAUUAUCAAAUGUUUCAAUAAAGUAAAAUAUUGACUGGCUCUGUGAAAAUGAGGUUCUUGAAAAAUAACAAAACUAACAGAACGUUUGAAAAAACAUUGACUGAUAAUUAAAAUAACUCAUUUAUUUAAAAAAGAGAGUAAAGCUUUGUAUUAGCUAGGCCUUCAGUCAGUUUCCAACAUUUGCUGUAUAUAACCUGAGCUACUAAUCAAUAGUUGUUAUUGCUGUGAAGGUUGGAGAAAGUUGCAUAUUUAGUCUCUAAGAUAAACGCAUUCCUCACUUUCAAAUUAUUGUUUGCUGGAAAAAGUCAUAUUUGUCAGUUGCAGUUAACAUUUAAAGUUAGAGAACCUUAACACCUCAAACCAGUUAAAGCCCACCAAGCUGCUUUACUUGUCACUUUUGUGUGGGUUUGAUGUAUGUUAAUACAUCUAUGUUCCUUAUCUGUUCUACAGCGACUGGCGACAUGGACUGGUGUGAAGAUUUUCAAAUUCUGAAGACAAAGAAGACAGCUCUACUCCAUUCAACUGGAUAUUGCAGAAGUGGAGACAGCGUUGUUUAACGUGAAGAUGGCAGGUGAUUUGGCAGUUAGCCAAAUUUUGACAAGAUGAAACCUUUUUUCUGACUGGACUUUGACGUUUGGAUUUUUAUUUUUUACAACCACAUGGACACUGGAACCCCGUUGCUGGCUGUAUAGUGGACUCGUUGAAAACUUACAUUGUUGUUCUUGGGAAACACAAAAUCAGCCUUUGUACAUUUGAUAUUCAAAUGUUGUUUUUAAAUAAAGUGUAUGUCCUCGUAUUUUUUCCUGGCUUUGUUUCAUUAGCUACUUAACCAGAAUAUCAUAGAGGAUAUUUGGCGUAAUAUUUUGAUGACGUUGAAGUCCCUUAGCUCGGCAGUUGGUUUUAAUAUUUCAAUUAAUCCAUUCAACAAAUGUUUUUGGUUUGCAUUGACUUUGUGUCACAAACCAUCUGGGUUUGCCCAUGUAAAUAUGAGCUAGCGUCAAUGCUUAAGCUUUGUAUUGAGUUGAUGAAUCUCCCGAAGUAAUGCUUUCUUUCUUUUUCUGGUGUUGCUCUGCAAAGGAAAUUAUCCCUUCGAUUGACGAGAUAAAGGAGAAAUUGCUGGUGAAAAUGCACCUCUGUGCUUUAAUCAAUCCCACUGGAAAAUCUUAAUUAAUUCAAAAACAGUGGGAGAAUACAAUUCCUUCUGUAAGAUACAUAAAAGGAUUUUGGUCUGACCAGAAAUGGUUUCCAAGGGCUCUCUAAAAUGGCUCCUGGUCGUCCUCCUUCCUGUCUGAGCAGGAAGUGAUGCAAUUGCUGCAAAACAAAUUAUAUACUUAUACAGCUUCUCAGCAUUUUACCUUUUUAUGAAAUGGAAAGAAAGCUUUCACUGUCAAGCUUGUGUCCUGGUGCUGAGAAUAUAUGUAAGUUAAUAUAAAAGCAAAUUUUAAACAUAAUAAAAGGGGUGGGACUUAGACAUCACCUGAGUGUGGGGUAAAUGGAAAUAACGUCAAUCAAAGGCAAAGCUUUCAGAGCUAGGAAGGAGCUCUAGAUGGCGGCUGAGCCUUGGGAAGGGUGCCAUGGGCUUUCGUCAGACCGUUUCUCGUGCUUGUUUUUCGACCGAGACCGCUUGAUUCUGAUGAAAACUUGAGGGAUGUGUUAGUGCGAUCGGUGUUUUAGCGGAAAUUUUGGCGUUUUGUGAGGUUUUUCGGGCUGUAUUUUGUCGAGUCGUAGGAGCCGUCUGUGCUAGGGGAGUGCUUGUCGUUGUUUUCCAUACUGGGCUCUGGCAGCCAUGGCGCGCCUCCAUUUUUAGUGUGCUGCUCGCCUCUGUCGCUCUGAGUCUGACAGUAGAUGAAGACUGUAAAGGCCUACAAGCUUUUUGAAACAAGGCUCUUUUUUGUAAUUUAUUGUUAUUAUUUCUACAGUCUGUUAUUCUCAUUCGAGUCGGAUAAAUAUUUAAACCCUGUGAUAAGAGCGAACGUGAAUCUAAUAGUUCAUUUAUAGGCUACCACCUUUCUUCACAUUGAAUUGGUAUGUUUACAUUGUGUAGUUCAUAAUUUACUGAUUUUCUCAUCCUUAAAUCUCAUUUUUCUAAUCCUUCAUCUGAUGACGCAGUUAGAAUUAAUUGCAUGCGGCUUGAUCCGUGGACUAUAUUGAAAGACAUGCGUUGGAUAUUUAACUUAUUGUAACAGCACCUGUCAUUUUUCUUACUCAUAUUUAAAUUAGCGAUUAAAGUAAUGAUCCUCAAAUCUUUCGAUUUAAUGCCUUUUUCUGUACUCGUGUCGCACCGCCUGGGUUUUAACUGCCAUCUGAGCAAAGGCAAUCUUGUGGGACUUGUAUGAUAGUUCAUGCUUCCUGUAACUUUUUGACAGUAAAUACCAGGACAAAAGAUCAUCCUAUCAACGAUUUUCAGGAUACUACGAUGAUGAAGAAUAAAAGCAAAAAACAAGAGGAUGAAGGCUCGGCUCAUAGCAAUGCAUCAAGAUAAAGACACAGAGAAGUUUGGAUGCUAAAUGCAGCAAUUCAGCUUCAGAGGAAUCCAACCGCUCUGCGUCGGAGUCGGGAAGUCAGUCAGAGAGCGAGCAUGGCAGUGAGAGGAGGAGAUCCCACAACUCCGAGUCAAACAGCUCCUCAGAGUCCGAGAGUCACUCAGAGUCAGAGAGUGAAUCUGCAGAGUCCAAAUCACAACAAACCACAGCAGAAGUCAAAGACAAGCCAGUUAGAAAGAAGGAGCGUCUGGCAGAUGUGAAGAAGAUGUGGGAAGAGCAUCCAGAUGUGUAUGGGGUCAGGAGGUCAAAUCGCAGUAGGCAGGAGCCAGCUCGUUUAAACAUUGGAGCUGGGGGUAGCAGUGAUUCUGAGGGUGAAAGCCCCAAGAGAAAAACAUCGCGGAAGAAAAAGGAAAAUAUCUGGAAAGAUGAUGACUCAAAUGAUGAAGAAGAGGAGGAGGAGGAGGAGGAGGAGGCUUCCGACAGUACAGACAGUGAGCAGGAAGAGAAAAAAGUUAGAUCCAGACGACUUCCUGCUAGAAGACCUCAGACCAAAUCAUCAACAGUCAAAAAGCAGCUGUCUCAGAAAGGAAGAAAGUCCAGGAAACCAGAGUCAUCGGCUGAAGAGGAUGAUGACGAUGAUGAUGAGGACGAUGAUGAUGACGAUGAGGAAGACACUCCCAAGAGACAGACUCGAAGACGGGGGGCAACAAAAGUCAAAAGUUAUAAAGAGGACCAACACGACUUUGAAACAGACUCUGAUGACCUCAUCGAAAUGACGGGGGACGCAGGCGAGGAGCAGCAGGACGAUGACAGUGAGACCAUUGAGAAGGUUAUGGACACCAGGAUAGGCAAAAAAGGAGCCACUGGGGCUUCCACUACUGUAUACGCUAUAGAAGAAAAUGGGGACCCAUGUGAGGGCUUUGACCCUGAGAAUGAUGAGGGGGAGACUCAGUAUCUGAUUAAGUGGAAGGGCUGGUCCUACAUCCACAACACAUGGGAGAGCAUGGACUCUCUGACACAGCAAAAGGUCAAGGGACUAAAGAAACUGGACAACUAUAAAAAGAAAAGCGAGGAGCUCAACUCAUGGUUGAGGAAAGCGUCUCCUGAGGAUGUAGAAUUUCAUAACUGCCAACAGGAGCUCACUGCUGACUUGAACAAGCAGUUUCAGAUUGUGGAGCGUAUCAUCGCAACGAAAACAGGAAAGACGCCAGGAUCGUCUGACUUUCCUUCUCAUAGUCACAAGACACCAUCCUCCAAUGAGCCAGAGUAUCUGUGUAAGUGGAUGGGGUUGCCCUAUUCAGAGUGCAGCUGGGAAGACGGAGCUUUGGUUAGAAAGAAGUUUCAGCACUGCAUAGACAGCUUCACGAACCGAAACUCCAGCAAAACUGUCCCGUCCAAAGACUGCAAGGUGUUAAAGCAAAGGCCGAGGUUUGUCGCUCUGAAGAAACAACCUUCAUACAUCGGAGAUGAGAACUUAGAGCUGAGGGAUUAUCAGCUGGAUGGGUUGAACUGGCUGGCUCACUCCUGGUGCAGGUGCAAUAGUGUUAUCCUUGCUGAUGAGAUGGGACUGGGAAAGACCAUCCAGACCAUCUCCUUCCUGUCCUACCUGUUCCACCAGCAUCAGCUGUACGGGCCAUUCUUACUGGUGGUGCCUCUGUCCACGCUCACCUCCUGGCAGAGGGAGUUUGACACCUGGGCCCCAGACAUGAAUGUGGUGGUUUACCUCGGUGACGUCAUGAGCAGGAAGACAAUCCGUGACUACGAGUGGGUGAACCAUCAAACGAAAAGAAUUCGUUUCAAUGCACUUUUAACCACUUAUGAGAUUCUACUUAAAGAUAAGGGUGUGCUUGGCAACAUUAACUGGGCAUUCUUGGGUGUGGAUGAAGCUCACAGGCUGAAGAAUGAUGACUCCCUGCUGUACAAAACAUUAAUGGAGUUCAGGUCCAACCACAGACUCCUCAUUACCGGCACUCCACUGCAGAACUCCCUCAAAGAGCUCUGGUCGCUGUUGCACUUCCUCAUGCCUGACAAGUUUGAUUCCUGGGAGGAUUUUGAGGAUGAACAUGGGAAAGGAAGGGAAAAUGGUUAUCAGAGUCUUCACAAAGUCCUUGAGCCCUUCCUCCUCCGACGUGUCAAGAAAGAUGUGGAAAAAUCUCUGCCUGCCAAGGUGGAACAGAUCCUCCGUGUGGACAUGACUGCACAGCAGAAACAGUUUUACAAGUGGAUUUUAACGAGGAAUUACAAAGCCCUUGCCAAAGGAACCCGAGGCAGCUCCGCUGGCUUCCUGAACAUCGUUAUGGAGCUCAAAAAAUGCUGCAACCACUGUUUCCUCAUUAAACAGCCUGAAGACGGAGACACUGAAACACAACAGGAACACCUGCAGAGUCUAGUGAGGGGCAGUGGGAAACUGGUGCUGCUAGACAAGCUGCUGACCAGACUCAGAGAAAGAGGCAAUCGAGUCCUGAUCUUCUCCCAGAUGGUCAGGAUGUUGGACAUUCUGGCUGAAUACCUCGCCAAGAACCGCUACCCAUUCCAGCGAUUAGACGGUUCCAUAAAGGGAGAAAUCCGAAAACAGGCACUUGACCACUUUAAUGCAGAGGGCUCAGAGGAUUUCUGUUUCCUGUUGUCCACCAGAGCUGGAGGUUUAGGGAUUAACUUGGCCUCAGCAGACACUGUAGUCAUCUUUGACUCUGACUGGAACCCUCAAAACGACCUGCAGGCUCAAGCCAGGGCUCACAGGAUUGGCCAGAAGAAACAGGUGAAUAUAUACCGACUGGUCACCAAAGGAACAGUGGAGGAGGACAUCAUUGAGAGGGCAAAGAAGAAGAUGGUUUUGGACCAUCUUGUCAUUCAGAGAAUGGACACUACUGGUCGAACUGUACUGGACAGCAACUCAGGAAACACCAAUUCAAACCCUUUCAAUAAAGAAGAACUGACUGCUAUUCUCAAGUUUGGAGCAGAGGAUCUUUUCAAAGAGGCAGAAGGAGAAGAGUCUGAACCACAGGAGAUGGAUAUCGAUGAGAUCCUGAGGUUGGCAGAAACAAGAGAAAGUGACCAGGGCUCAAGUGCUACAGACGAACUUCUUUCUCAGUUCAAGGUGGCCAAUUUCUCCAGCAUGGAAGAGAGCACUCCAGAGUUUGAGGAGAAGCCCAUAAGGGAAUGGGAUGAUAUUAUUCCUGAGGAGCAGCGACGCAAAAUUGAAGAGGAGGAGAAGCAGCGGGAGAUGGAGGACAUCUUCAUGCUGCCCAGAAGCAGGAGCUCUAACAAGAGGGCUCAGGCGAAUGAUAGCGACAGUGAUGUGGGCUCCAAGCUGAAGCACCGCUCGUCAGGCUCUGAGAGCGAGACGGACGAUAGCGAUGAUGACAAGAAGCCAAAGAAGAGGGGCAGACCCCGAGCCCGCAAAAACAACGUGGAGGGUUUCACUGAUGCCGAGAUCCGCAGGUUCAUUAAGGCAUACAAGAAAUUUGGGUCUCCACUUGAAAGGUUAGAGGCAAUCGCCCGAGACUCUGAGCUGGUGGACAAAUCCAUAGCAGACUUGAAGAGACUUGGUGAGCUGAUUCAUUCUAGCUGUGUGACUGCAGUGCAGGAGCACGAGGAACACCUGAAAGAGAACCCAGUUGAAGCCAAAGGUCCUGGGAAACGGAGAGGAAUUAAUAUCAAGAUCUCAGGAGUGCAGGUCAACGCCAAGUCCAUCAUCCAGCACGAGGAAGAGUUUGAACCACUGCACAAAGCGGUGCCACCCAACCCCGCUGAGAGAAAUAAGUUCAAGCUGACAUGCAGGGUCAAGGUAGCCCACUUUGAUGUGGACUGGGAUCUGCAGGAUGACGUUCAGCUCCUGCUUGGCAUCUAUGAGCAUGGCUUCGGCAACUGGGAUCUGAUAAAGACGGAUCCCGACCUUAAACUGGCUGAUAAGAUUCUCCCAGAUGACCCGAGCAAGAAGCCUCAGGCCAAGCAGUUGCAAGCGAGAGCAGAGUAUCUUCUCAAGCUGCUGAAAAAAGAACAAGACAGUACAGACACAUCUAAAACAGGGGAGGAGGUCAAAGUGAAGAAGAGGAAGCCCCGGGUGAAAAAGGAGAACAAGAUUCUCAAGGACGAGCAGGGCAACGACAUCUCGUCCCCCCGCCUGUCUGACAACCCAUCAGAAGAGGGCGAAGUCAAGGAUGAUGGAACAGAAAAGUCCCCCGCCAAGAAGAGACAAAAGAAAAAAGAUAACAAAGAGAACAAAGAAAAACAGGGAACUCCUAAAAAGGAGAAGGACGGGGACAAAGAAAAGAAGGGCACCAAGCCCAGAAAAGAAAAGGCUAAAGGAGCCAAAGGGAAGAAGACUCAAGGUCCAGUUCACAUUACAGCUGGGUCUGAGCCCAUUCCCAUUGAAGGAAAGGAGGACGAUGAACUCGACCAGGAAACUUUCAGUAUUUGUAAGGAGCGCAUGAGGCCGGUGAAAAAGGCCCUGAAGCAGCUGGAUAAACCAGAUGAGGGUCUGUCUGACCAGGAGCAGCUCCAGCACACACGCACAUGCCUAUUGAAGAUUGGAGACCGAAUCACAGAGUGCCUUAAAGCCUACAGUGAUCCUGAACAUGUCAAAAUAUGGCGAAGAAACCUCUGGAUUUUUGUGUCUAAGUUUACAGAGUUUGGUGCAAGGAAGCUUCACAAGCUUUAUAAAAUGGCCCAGAAGAAGCGAUCGCAUGAGGAAGAGAAGGAGCAGAAGAAGAAGGACGAUCCCGCAGGGAGGGUGAAAUCUUUCAGACCAGAACCUUCUGGUUCUAGUCGAGACUCUAUGGGUACACAGCCAACCUCCAAACCCACAUCUCACCCAAAUCCAGGCACCCAUGGGCACCACAGAGAACCAUACAAUGCAGCUAAUAAGCGGCACUUUGGCAAUGACGAUCGAGGAGACUGGCAGAGAGACCGGAAAUACAGUUACCCCAGUAACAGCAACCAGUCAUGGCAGGGAGACCGACAUCAUCCAUAUGAUCCGCAUCGCUACAAGGACCACUAUGGUGAUCGACGUCCACAUGGAGACGCAUAUCGCAGCUCAGGCAAUUAUCGCAACAACAGCUCCCCUCGAAAAAGGCCAUACGAACAGUAUAGCAACGACCGGGACCACAGAGGUCACAGACCUUAUUACGACAGGCAUCCAGACCCCAAAAGAAGACGUCCUGACGAAUUCCGUCCCAACUACCACCAGGGACGAGAAGGCCCUCUUCAGGACUUCAGGAGGAUGCCUGAGCACAGGCCAGCAGGUCCCCCCGGGCCGGAGCACUACAGCAGGCCCUUCCACCCUGACAAACCCCCUCCACUGCUGGACCCUCGCUCCCCGCAGGCUCAGAAGUCUCCCCAGGACUCCCGCUCACCGCUCGAGCGACCUGUAGAGCCGAAUGCCGCGGCAGACCCAAACUGGAACAACAGGAAAACAUAAAGUCUGCCGGGUGCUGGGCUUAGUAAGAAACUGAUCUGGGUGUUUCGUCCAGGGUCAAAGCCACAUAUUGCUGCUGAUGGACAAGUCUGGACUCGCCAAUCAUAAGCUCACAGUUGGAAAGGGAAUCAACAUGUACCCUCUUUACCAGCAAAACCAAACUAUUUUGCUCCCCCUGCCCCCAUGCCCCUCAGUGACUGUGGCUGUGAAUGAUUUGUGCCCUGAAGGAAGAAAUCUGUUUCCUCCUCUCAUCUUCUCGAUGGAAAAAUACUAAAACAAACAUCUUUAUUUAAAUGAAUUGACUUGAUCAGUCAGUUAUGGUAAGACUGAGUGGAGUAUGGAUGCUUAGUCCCAUGGACUAUUAUCUAAGGAGAAUUUAGGAUACAUGAACUGAUGACUGAUCUCAAUCCUAAAAGUGCCUGAAGGUUUUGGCCUUUUUGAAUGGUAAAUGUAUGGGAUUAUUCCCAAAGGAACCAUGACAUGGACAUUUUUUUUUUUUUUUCUUUUUGUGUUUAGCUUUAAGUCUUGCAAAUGAUGUCAUUAGAAGAUUUCAGUACAAGAAGAAUGUGUAAUGUGUUAUCAUCGGCACCUUUAAAAAACGUGUAUCUUGAACAUGUAGCUGAACCGAAUCAUGGAGUAACACCAUGCAGGUUAAAAUGGUGACGUGACGGGACGGCCUCUCUUGAAAUUUGAAUGAUCAAUCAAGCCAGUAUGUUUCCUCGAAACACUCAGCAGACAGUUUGAAAAGGGUUUUUAACCAAUUGACAUUUCUCAUGUGUACAAAUAUUCAUUAUUUCUUUAACUGUGUAUCAAUAUAAAUCAUUGCAGUCUUCUCGCUUUGUUCACUUUAAUCACUUUCCUCUUAGUAGGCAAAAUGAAAUGGAAGCUUUGUAAGCAGUAUUUAUUGCCACAACUUGUGGAAAGGUUCAUAACACUAUGACUUAGAACAAUCCUUUAUUUUUGGCUUUCAGUAUUAUGAUGGGUAAGAAUGGUACUUCCAUGUAGUUUCAUUAAUUCACCCAUGUUUCCACCAAUGUAAGUACUCAAUUAUGUCUGAAAAUACUAUGUGAUAAAAAACAUUUUCUUUCCUAAUCUAUAGUUUGGGAAUAUUUUUGAUUGACGGGCAGUUGUGCUGUUGCUGAUAGGUUGUUAAAGGGUUAUCAGGAAGUUGCUGAUGAUGUUUCAUUAUGUUUAUUACCCUUGGUCACUAUUUUCCUGUGCCAAAUCUGGUCCUGCUCUGGCCCUCAUUCGUUUUUUUUUUUUUUGGUUCAUUUUGUUUUUUAAUGCUUCUCCAUUUGUGCCUUAUUUAUGUGUGUAUUAUCAUACUGUAUAUUGGUUCAUGGACAGUACUGGGGUCUAACACAGGCAGGAUGUAGUAUUAAACAGUCACAUUUUAAGGAAAUUGCUCUGAAAGGUUAAAUUGCAAUUCAGUGAAACAUGGUGAAGGGACCAUGCAUUCUGGUAACUCGUAAUGUGGUUCUGUCAUUUCUAAAAGAGUCGAUGAUUUGAGAGGAAAAUACAAACAUUAAUAUAAAGAAAUUGUGUGUUUUGUCCGGGGCAUUUAGCCAACCUGUUACAGUGAUCAGCCAGCACAUCUUUUCUUCCACGUUUAGCAAGCUACAGUUCCUGUAUCAUAUGUUCUUUAAAGAAAGUCUAAAUAAUUUAUAUUUGUGACAAAACCACUCUUCAUGACAAAUGUGCUGUACAUAUGUUUGGACAUAUGUAAUAAACUUUGUUACACAAUGAAA